AUGGAGGAAGCUCUGCGUGAAAUGGCCCAAGUAGUUGAUCUGCUUGAAAGGCAUGAGUGCGCCUGGGACGACAAGAAUUACCGACGAGCGCUCCAGCAAGAAUCAAUGAAGGCUAGCUAUGUGAACACGGAGUCAAAAGUGAUCAACUUGAGACAAAUGGUCGCGCGGGAUCUUGGCUUCAAGGUUACCGUAAACCAUCCCAGGCUUUUGUACUUAUGGAUCACCGACGACAGUGCCAGCCAGAAAAAUCAUGGCACGCCUCCGGUCCCUCACUGCAAUGCGCAAGGCCAGCUGCCACCCCAGCCAUCAAGGGCUCCUGGAAGUCCUGUGGAUAACGAGGCUGCUGCCAGAUGGAGACGGCUAAUUCAUGAACUUGAUCUUGCAUUCGGACCGACUUGAAUCGGCCCAUUCCCAGACAAAUAUAUUUAAAAGCGUUCUUCUUUCCUUACUUUAAUAGAAUGUAAAACAAAUUGUCAACUGUAGUCAUUCUUGUAUAUCUUUGCACCCUCUUGCACACUUUAAUUCUAUACUUUCUCUUCAUACUAAAGGCAAGCCUUUUCUGCCUCUAGAUUAAUCGCACUGCGGUAGAGCCCGAAGUGACU